AUGAGUUGCCAUCUAGGCUCCAAAGAUGAUGUCCGAGUUAGCGAGGAAUUGGCUACAGUGGACUCGCUUCUCUCAGAAAUUGAGAAGGAAAUUCCGUUGGUAGCUAAGAGACAGAUCCCGUUACAUGAAAUUGGAGACGAAACCAUGGAUAUUAUCGUCACUCACAAUACGCGGUCCAAUUCGAGUUUGGGAAAGGAGGUUCUCGGUGCAGAACCCGAGAAACCCCUUGUAGAGGGUCGCAAUCGCAAAUCCGUGAUGUUCAGCAACAGUUGCGAACUACAUGAGUACCCUGACGCGGAAUCGUCCACAAUGGAUGACACGCUAACAAGCCCGGUAGCCUGGAGCUUAUCAGGAGCGCCAAAACUUGAAGGGCCUCAAAAUAAAACGCUGGAUUUCAUGUUCGCGCUCGACCAAGAUGAUAGAGAUUUAAGUGGCAGUUCCGAUAGCUCGUUCCAACUCACGAAAGCAGAGCUGCUGGAAAAAUCGAUAACAAACCUCCCUGAAAGGCUCGGGCACGUCCUUGACGGACACACUGGCUCUCCCAAUAUACCAAAGCUGAAAGAAAUGGUCAAUGACAUAGAUCAAUUAGCGUUUGCACCAUCGGAAACGCACACAGAAACACAGCCUUUGAAGAUCACCUUUGAAUCGACCCCUCCUCUGAUUGGUAAUGGUGCCGAGCAAGAAACGCUGGAGUUUGACUUGCAAUCCCAAGAGUCAGAAGAGGAAAUACCCCCACGAGUUCGGCAUUCACCAUCCAAAAUCCCGACAACAAGUACUAUUCGCAUCAAUAGACUAGGCAAUGACGAGUCUCUAAAUGCUCCACAACCAAGCAGAGUUUCAUCAGGAUCCUCUAUGGAUGAGAGCGUUACAGAUUUGGAGACCACCAUGAAGCAAGACAAAUUUAAUCUAUUGCGAACUUCUGUGCCGCUAAGAGCUUCCGACCCUUUUGAUGCUCACGAAUAUCAAGUUUCUAACAAGAGCUUGAUACUGCACGAUACAGGCAUGAACGACUCUAGAGUUUUUAGCAUGGCAACCACCGCGGACGAAUUUCAGUCAGCAAAGGAAAGUACCGGAUGCUCAUCAUCUGCAUAUGGGCCUGAAGACUUAGAGUCUAUUGAAGAUCUACAGAUAUCGGCGGGUCUUGUACGAGAAGAUGAAACUUUGAGGAACAUAGAUCAAAUCAUAAAAAAUAACGAAACUUGUCCUGACGAGUUUUCAACAGCCCUGCACUCAAAGAAUAAACCAUUACUACACCAGGAAGAUACGAGUUACAAAAAACACAAUGUGGUCAAGUCCACUUCAAGCUCAACAGUACGUGUGUCUUCUCUACAGGAGCUGGGCUCAUGCGCUUCAGAUAGCAACUUAAAUCAGACCAACAUCGAGGAGGCUGGAUUUUAUGCGUCGCGACAAGUUAAUGACAUGAAAGACAGAAGUGAGGAGAGUGCGUUUAUAGCGAAAGAUCAAGGGAACACAACAGUUGCUCAGAACGAAAACAGUGAAGCAGGAUCUGCUGUCAACUCGGAACUAAAUGACAAUGAUGCUGAAGAUAAACUAUCUGAUUCAAAUAUGAGUUAUGAUACGUCAGAAUCAAAAGAACUACAACUCGAGCAAUGCUAUGGAGCGGAAGUCAGGACUGAGAGAAAUAUAUCAAUGACUGAAAGAAAGAUAUCAAUUACUGAAACUAUGAAUGGAAAGGAACUUUUGUCGGACACAAGAGUGGUUUCGGAUAACUUUUCGAAAAUUUUUGACGAUGACGCCAUAUUCGGCGAUGUUAAUGACACAUCCCAAGACUCAGUUGAUAUCAUAAAUUCCCUCAAGCCAAAUUAUUUAUCAAUUUGGCGCUGCCAAGAAGAAACUAGCAAGCCAUCACCGAGUUUCUCUUCGAAUUCUCAGUUUUCCCAACGCUCAAAUGGAACAAGCGAUUCUUCCCAACCUGGCCAAUUGAAGUUUAAACUAAAACCCAGAAUAGUGAGCCGGAGCAAAAUUUAUUACCCACACCACAAGAGAUCCGAGAAUUCGAGCUUGAGAAGCGAGGUGUUUAUCCCCCGAACGAGUAGCUCAAGUAUCCUCGAUCCCCUCUACUCUCAAGAGACACGAAAGGUGCUACCACAUGUAUCAGGGAAGGUUUUAGACGAGCCUCAGGUUCCAUCCAUUGCCCGCAUUGCGUUAGAUUACCAUGAGAAAGAAGGAAGUAAAGACACAGUUUUGGAGAAACACUCUGGACUCUCAGCUGAAUCUGAAGCCGAAAGUCCAGGGGAAACUAGUCCUAAGACCUCUGAGUUAGCUGAUGUCGAAAAGCCCGCUGACGUGACAAUCACCAGUGAAAGAGCAAUAGAAAGUGACGAGGAUGAAUCAAAGCUCAAGUAUGAUUCAUUCGAGCUACCUGACAUAUCAGGUGGGAAUUUCGAUAUGUCAGAGGACUUUGGUGAUAUUUUAAAUGCAGUUAAUUACGACAACUGGUCAUUGAAAGAUUCAGAUUUCAGAAAGGACAGAGAUCCGACAAUUUACCACAUUUGGGAUGAAAACAAUUAUCAGAAUGGAAUUGAUUUCUCCCUUGAUGACGAUACCGUAUCGGAAACAAAGAAAAGACUCAAUGACGAAGUUCUCACAAAGCUUUUGAGCGAGGAUCCGAAACUUCAAGUCGAGGAUAAUGAUAACAGCGCUUUGACGGGUUUAGGAAUACUCAAAAACGCUGAUAGCGAUGUAGCUAUAUGCCGAGCUGAAAGUAUCAAAGGGUUCGAAGUGAUCAGAUCUGCAUCUAGUGAGACAGUUGAGCACAAUAGGGAGCUUUUUGAACCACACCAAACGCCGCCCCCAGUCAAAAAAACGCACAUCGAGAGCCCAUUCAAAACAGUGAGAGCAAGGAAUGCUAACGUUACUCUCAAGCAAGACCCCAAGCAUGUGUGUGGAAAUCUCGAAUCUGCCACUGAUGCAUAUGACGGUGAAGUUGAGAGCAUGUCACGUAGCGCGGCUGUUACAGAUCAAUCUUCGGUGCAAAGCUCUGAGGCGCUCAAAAGUAGCCAAAUGUCAGACCUCGAAGAUCAUGGUAAGUUUUAUAUUAUGGUGAAAUCUGUAAAAAACCUUCAGCUAAAUGACAUUCCUCGCCAUAAAGCCGAAAUUGCGAUGGAGUUUGAUAACGGUAUUAAUGUGGUUCAGACGCCAUGGAAGCAAUUGAACAGGGAAUCCAUUGAUAUGAGUCAAGAGUAUGAGCUAAUUAUGAAGGACAAAUGCCCAGAACUUUCAGCUCAAAUAAUUGUUACUCUGAAAUGCAAAUACUCGAGACCAGCUUCAGAAUUAGUAGAAGUAACCGAACAUCUACCGAUUAAAAAGAAAUUUCCAUUUGGAAAGACGAAGUAUACUCUAAACAGAAAAUUCGUUAACAAAAAAGUCGAGAUUGACAAUUGGGAUUACAAAUUUGCACAGGAUGGAUCAUUUGCCCGCUGCGACCUGUCGCUCAAUGCAGACAUUCUAAAGCAAACAACCUACAGACGCAAAAAGUUUGAUUUCUCACUUUACAACGAAUGGGAAAGGAUAAGCGAGAAUUCUGGUUCAGGACGUGACCUUCACUCUCUUCCUCGUAAAGCUGCCUAUAAAAUUGGGGAACUAGAGGUAGAAAUGUCGUUCUUGCCUAGAACGUCUAAUUUCGAAAAAUUUCCGAAGACUCUUAAACUAGCGCAAGAGAUUGUUGAUAAGUUUGCAGAACAACAAGAAAUAAAAUUCGAGGGGUUCAUGUGGCAAGAAGGUGGUGAUAUUGAUGGACUACUGCAGAAACGAUAUUUCGUCUUGAAGGGCACUCAACUAAUUGCUCACCACGAGAUCACUCAUAAACCACAGGCUCUCAUCAAUUUACUCAAAGUGGUUGGGGUUAUGGGCGAGGGCCAGCUCACCGAGGAGACUGUCCAAAAAGUGCGAAAUUUCACUGACAUCGUGCUCUUCAGCGAAUGUUUCAAGCUAAUCUUCGAGAAUGGCGAAAUUAUCAAUUUAGACGCCGAAUCUUCAGAUUUGAAAGCAAAGUGGACCGAGAUAAUUACUCGCGUUGUGGAGCUGAAUAAGUUCCACCAACCGUGGGUUAAACAUGUGCUUAACAACCGGCUUUUGAGUGUUUAA